AUGACUUGGAUCUCGGUCCUGACCACGAUCUUCAAUGGCACGCUCUAUCCUCUAGCCUUCCUUGCUGGCUGGGGAUAUGGUCUAAUACGUGUACUAGCCUUGCCAUUGCUGCACCUAGGCCAUGCGGUCCUCCAUCUUGCCCUGUUUCCCCUGAGGCUUUUUGCCAAGUUUGAGGCGAUUCUUAGCUUCAUUGGGACCGCGGUAUUGACGGGAGCUGUCCUGGGGCUCGCAAUAUAUCUGAUCACCACAUGUGCGAUUGAGAUGCUUCAUCGAUGGAUUGGGUCGUUCUGGAAUACCCCAUCCCGCCGUAGGGGAGGUGGAUCCCAGAGACGGCGUCUCCUGGAAGCCAUCGAAGGAGCCCCUUCAUUUUCUCCCAGCGAUUCCAACUCAUCCGACGAGUAUUUAAUGGAAUGGUAUGACCGACAAGACCGACAGCCGCAGAAUGAUGGCACAAUAGUGGAGGAGGAAGAAUCCAGCUAGGCGACAAGUCACUUGUACUACCUACCUAUUUCACUUUUAUCCAGAUGUAGAUACUUAUGUUGUAAUGAGUAUUUACUAUGGAACGGGUCGGAUAGAUAGACCUUCGUGGCAGAUAAUCUCCGGGCUUGAUUGACGCAAUCAAUCUGCGACGGCCGUGGUUCGUGAGGGCGGCGAUGGACCCUGCGGUUGGUCUCCCCACCACCAGUUCGUCUAAUUAAAUCGAAAUUGCGCU